CUCGCAGCCGUCACAUCCAGGCGGACAGCAGUGAUGGCGGCCGGUGAGACUCACACGUAAACACCGCCUCCAAGUCGCCGCUCUCCGCUAAGCGCUCAGGGGCAGCCGGCCUCUUCCACGGCGGCGGUGCCAGCGCGACAAGUACCCCGGCGGAGACGCGCGAGGCCUUCGGCGCCUUUUUUUUUCCUUCUUUAAUAUUUAAAAUCGGUUAGCUAAUCAUUAAGUACAAACGGCGCCGCACGUUCUAACAAAACCCGAAAUAUGGACGAACACCCAGGCGGGGGAGGAGCGGCCUCCCCGCGGCCGCCGCCGCUGCAGCAGCACGGGAGCAACUCCGGACCUCCCAUCGGAACGGUCAUGGUGCCCCAGCAGACGGACGAGUUAGCCCGGCCACAGCAGCAGUACACUAUCCCGGGAAUUCUACACUACAUCCAGCACGAGUGGGCCCGGUUCGAAAUGGAGAGGGCGCACUGGGAGGUGGAGCGGGCCGAACUCCAGGCCCGGAUAGCGUUCCUGCAGGGGGAGAGGAAGGGCCAGGAGAACCUAAAGAACGAUCUGGUUCGAAGAAUCAAGAUGUUAGAAUAUGCUUUAAAACAGGAAAGAGCGAAAUAUCACAAGUUAAAAUAUGGAACAGAGCUGAACCAAGGAGAGAUGAAGAUGCCAAGCUUUGAAUCAGACGCCAAAGACUCAGAGGUGUCGGCGGUUCCUGCCAACAGUCAGCUGACGUGGAAACAAGGGCGGCAGCUUCUCAGACAGUACCUUCAGGAAGUCGGGUACACGGACACCAUCCUGGACGUGCGCACUCAGAGAGUCCGCUCCCUGCUCGGCCUGUCCGGGUCCGAGCAGAACGGCGCAGUGGAGAACAAGAACCUGCAGCACCUCAUCAACGGGACGGAGCGCUGCAAAGACGGCAAGAGGAUUCCCAGCGACGACCUGGAGACGUUCAACUUCCUGGAGAACGCGGAGGACAGCGACGAGGACGAGGAGGCGGACCUGAUGGACGACCUCGGCACGGACAAACACCGCAGAGCCAAAAAACACAAAACCAAGGUGGGGAACGAGGGUUUGGCCACCGAGGACGAAGCCGUCACAGAGGAGGUCAUGAAGGAGUUUGACUUCCUGGUGACGGCAGAGGAUGGAGAGGGGGCGGGGGAGGCCCGGAGCUCCGGAGACGGGACGGAGUGGGCAGAGCCUCUGCCGUUUUCCAGCGGUGGGGGCAAAUCCUUCUUGCUGGGGGGCUCAGACGAUGCCCUGGAAAACAUGCUGGGCUUGGGCGACCUCGCUGACAUUUGCGUCACCAACGACGAGGUGGACUUUGGCUACGAUCUCUCUUCCAGUAAGGAGUCUUCCUUCAGGAAAACGUGGAAUCCUAAGUACACGUUGCGGAGCCACUUUGACGGCGUCCGAGCCUUGGCGUUCCAUCCCGUUGAACCUUGCCUGGUCAGCGUGUCGGAAGACCACACCCUAAAGCUGUGGAACCUCACCAAAACCGUCCCGGCCAAAAAAAGUGCCUCGUUUGAUGUGGAGCCCAUCUACACUUUCAGGGGACACGAGGGCCCAGUGUUGUCGUUGGCGAUGACCUCCACAGGUGAACAGUGUUUCAGCGGCGGCAUCGACUCCACCAUCCAGUGGUGGAACAUCCCCGGCUCCAACGUCGACCCCUACGAUACCUACGACUCCAGUGUCCUGGCAGGUACAUGGGCGGGGCAUACCGAUGCCGUGUGGGGAUUGGCUUACAGUGGUAUCAAGAACCGCCUCCUCUCCUGCUCAGCCGAUGGGACGGUGAAGCUAUGGAACCCGGCGGCCAAAGAGCCUUGCAUCAGCACUUUCAACACAGACAUGGAACACGGCAUCCCCACGUCAGUGGACUUCAACGGCUGUGACCCCGCCCACAUGGUGGCGUCUUUUAACGGAGGAGACGUGGCCAUUUACGACUUGGAAACCUCACAGACCGCCGUGGUGCUGAAAGGACAAGGAGACGGCACCGGCCCGUCUCUGAACCACAUCAACAAAGUGGUGAGUCACCCCACGCUGCCCAUCACCAUCACGGCACACGAGGACCGCCACAUCAAGUUCUUUGAUAACAAAACGGGUAAACUCAUCCACGCCAUGGUGGCUCACCUGGACGCCGUGACCUGCCUGGCUGUAGAGCCCAACGGCAUCUAUCUGAUCUCAGGCAGUCACGACUGCUCGCUGCGUCUGUGGAACCUGGACACCAAAACCUGCGUUCAGGAGAUCACCGCCCACCGGAAGAAAUGCGAGGAGGCCAUCUACGACGUCACCUUCCACCCCUCCAAGGCCUACAUCGCCUCUGCUGGCGCCGACGCCCUCGCCAGAGUCUACGUGUAGAGGGGGAGGAGUCGGGGAAGACGCAGCCGCGGGAGGCGGAGAAAGAAACGGGCGAACUCCGCCCUGAUUCAGGUUCCUGAACGCAGAAGAAACGGUAAAACUGCAGAACAGAAGGUGAAGAACAUCCAUCAGAAGGGGCGGGGCCACGAGUUCCGCCUGCAUCUGACUGACAGCUGCUAAAAUGACUGCAGGGGGCGCUGUUCCCACAGACCCCUCCCCUCCCAGUGCAGAGGCACGAGGCAGCUCGAAGGAAAAAAUCCCUCCAGCUCCAGUUUAACCCGAGCCGUGGACUGUGCACGUGCUGUUGCACGGCGGAGGUCUUUUGUCUGCUCUUGUUUCAGCGCGGCUGUGCAUCAGAGGCCCCUCAGGGCGCGAGCACAGGUUUGAAUCCUGUGUGUUUGGCAGAUUUUCAAAGAAGCUGAAAUCCUUUUUCAAUCUGAAAGUGAAAUGAAGCUUUUCCAGGUGUUUGGUUGACCCGAAUCGAUCAAGUAUUAACCCCUUACGCAUCCUCCCGAGAAGCGGUGAGGUUCUGAGCAGCAGAGCGCCGGUUCUGAGGGGGAUUUUUCCUUUCCAGCUGCUGAAGCGUGGUCCGGACCCGCUGGAUCAUCUCCUGUUCGAAGUGGCCACGGUUUCUAUCGGUUUCAGGUUUUUCCUACAUCAGUACGAAAGCUUUAGGAAACAAACACGACAAACUAAUUUUUUAACGUUUGUACAGUUUUUAAGCCGUUUGAAUGAAGAGACGACAAAAGGCACAGAAGCUGUGGAGGGGAGGAGGUGCGUUGCCCGGAAUGGGCCAAUCAGAGCCCUUCGUUUGACGCCUAGUGAUAUAUAAAGAGCGAGAGAGUCACAUGAUCGACGUUACUGUAGUUACAUAAUUUUAUUUGUGAGAUAAAUCUAGUUUUUAUAGUCCUUUUAUACAAACAUAACCAGGAGCAAAGAGGAUUUUCUUUUGGGGUUUUUUUCUCCAAACAUCCUGGCGCUCACAAGCCCCGCCCUCCCGCCAUUGCACAGCGACUCUGAAUGCUCGCCACCAUCCAGAUUGGAGACGAGGGAACACAAACAUGGCUUUUAUUGAAGUGGAUGAGGAUGGGCAGCAGGUUCUGAUGAGGUUCUGAAGGAGAACACGAGGCCCUCCAAUGAUGAGAACAGGGAAAAAGUCGCCAUGAACUGGUAACAGUCUUUGAAAUUCAUUAACCCUCACCUGUGGGGGGGAGGAGCCUGAGAAUUUUCAUGCCUUCCUCAUUUUCAUGAAAUCAUGGAGGCUUUUAUUCUCUCGCUCAGGAAGUGACAUGUUCCAGCCGAAGCUGCCGCCUGAUUGGCUGUGAGCCGCUCUCUGCAAUGUUGUUUGUUCUGGUUCUGACCCAGUUUGAUGUUUUGGUUUUGGUUUUGUUUGUUUUUUUAACGCGGGCGGAUCAAACCCGUUUCAGCAACGCUAAGAUCAACUCGGUACCUCCGUCCCGCUUGUGUUAUGCAUGAGUGAUGCCAGACAGUUCUUUUCCUAGUCUUCCCAAAAAAAGUGAAACAUUCAAGUUCUGCUCAUUUGCAAGUUUGGAUUUUUGUUUAUAAAGUAUGAACAACAAACUUUAAAGACUCACCAUGCAGUUCAGCUGUUCAAAUGUAUAUAAAAUGUCUAUGAUAAUUAUUAAAUGGUGUACAUGUACACUUUA